AGUUCACUCAUAGCUCAGAGCUGACCUCUACACAGACACUGCAGCACAGAGGAUGAGACCAGUUCACCAUUCUGCUGCCAAGAAGAACAAGGAGGGGCCACUCUGAUGCUGUAUAUGUUUUAGCUGAUUUUACAAAGUUUUUACCUGACUGACAAGACGAGGAGGAGGAGAAAUCUGUAUAAAUUUAGUGAGUGAAGUGACUAGCAAAGUGACUGAGGUGCAAGGAAGGUGGUGAACAUGAUGGACACAAUGACUCCAUGGCCUCAAGGGCCAGCAACUUUACCAUACCAAAUGUUUUCCAGCCAGCCACCUCCACUACAGUCUAAUGUACCAGACAAUUUUGUCACAAACCACCCAGAGAUGCAACAGACUGACCACAUUGCAAACAACUUUUUUGGACAUGGGGUACCAAGCUUUCUUCAAAUGAGACACAAUACUCCCAAGAGUGACCACCCCAAUUACAGACCUAUAAGGUCCCGCUCUCCUAAGCCAAAUCCUCACAUCAAAGUGGCAGGUGAACCAGAUGAUGUAAGGAAUGCCAAGGACAGGAUUAUGUGUGUGCUGGACACAAAGAGUAAUCGUGUAACCUUGAAAAUGGAUGUGUCACACACAGACCAUUCCCAUGUGAUAGGUAAGGGAGGUAAUAACAUCAAGAGGGUAAUGCAACAGACAGGAUGCCACAUACAUUUCCCAGACUCUAACAGAGGGAGCACAACAGAGAAGAGCAACCAGGUGUCUAUAGCUGGCCAGCCUACUGGUGUGGAGAGUGCUAGAGCACACAUUAGAGAACUACUGCCAUUAGCAUUUUCCUUUGAACUGCCAAUAACAGGGGUCCUCCAGCCAGUGCCAGAUACAUCUUCACCACCAAUACAAAACAUAAUGCAGCAACACAAUGUCACAGUGACAUUUAAACAGAGGCCCAGGAUGUAUGUGACCACAGUCAUAGUACGAGGAACAGUUAGUAAUGCAAAAGCUGUCACCAUGGCAACCAAAGCUGUCAUGGAGCAUUUGGCUGGAAAUUCAGGGACCAACAUCCCUAUCAGUACACAACUGGAGAUUGCUCCCCAGCACCACCUGUUCAUGAUUGGAAGAGGUGGCAUGAAUGUAAAACAUAUCAUGCAGAGGACUGGAGCAAGCAUCCAUUUCCCAGAUCCCAACAAUGUGACACCACAGCGUAAAGGCACAGUGUAUAUAACAGGGGGAAUUGAGAGUGUAUUCUUAGCCAGGCAACAGUUAAUACAAUGCUUACCACUGGUGCUUAUGUUUGAUAUGAAAGCUGACGUGGAAGUCGGUCAAGCCAAAAUAGCAUAUCUUAUGGAGCAGCUGGAUGUUUUUAUCAGUAUCAAGCCAAAACCAAAACAACCAUCUAAGUCUGUGAUUGUGAAGAGUAUUGAGCGCAAUGCACUGAACAUGUAUGAGGCACGCCGUGUGUUGCUUGGGUUGGACAGAGAUGAUCAGUCUCUACCUCCAUCCAUACAUGAAGCCACCCAUGACAUUUCUCCCACCACCAAUAGCUUGGGCCUAGCUGGAUUAGGCAUGCUUGGUCAGAACACGCUGAGUAUUAAUACUUUGCCCAACCCUGUGUAUGUUAUCAAUGGCCAGAACUGCCAGAGACACCAAUCAACUAGUAGUGAAACCAGUGGAAGUCCUGGAUCAACAAGCCCAAAUAACUGGCUUACAUCGCAUAGUAUGCAAGGCCCUCCAAUGCUGCUGCAGGUGAACAAUGUUGGAAACUUCCCACCUAUCACAGCCACUUACAAUCUGCUUACCCAGUGCAAUGGGCUCAAAGACCUAAACCAAAACAGUGCAUUUAUUAGGGUACCAACACCUGAGAAAGCCAUUUCGACAGCCAGCAGUAACCCCAGCAGUGCCACCAGUCCAUCUGACAGCCCUAGGGACAGCCCUAUUGAUCUCAUUAAUAAAAAUCCAGGAUCACCCCAAGGGAGUGAAAGCCAUGAAGUAGUGACAGUUAAAUCAGGCAAUGGGUAUAUGAAUGUGGUUGUGCCAAAGCAAGCUUCUCCCAGUAACAGUGGGUCAGGUUCUGACCUUCUGGGUCUUAACCAGCCUCCUGGAUCUACAGUUAAUACACUGUCACCUGCUCAGCAGCAGAUACUUCUGCUGGAAGGCAACAUGAGGAGUAUGGCAUUUCAAAAUGGAGACAGAUCCUCAGAGUCUGGUACAGAGUCUGAUGGUUCUGACCCACUGGCUCCAGGAAGUAAUCGACCUUCCCCUGGCAACAGCAUGAACAGCAACACAAACUCCUUAUUUUCAAACAAUGCAUAUCCAUUUGAUUAUGAGAGGAAGAAACUUCUGGCAACCAAAGCUAUGCAAAAGAAACCAGAAGGUGAAUCCAGAAUCCCAACAGACUAUUGGGCAGGUCUUGGCUUCUCAAAAUCUAUGCCAGAUUCUGCUAUUAGGGAUAAGAUGAACUUCAGUAACAACACUUACAAAGGACCAACUAUGCCCACUACUUAUGAGUCCACACUUGGUGAGGAAGAUGAUGGAAUUGAUAGAGAUCCAUGGAGAGACUCGACCAAGAACAAACCCCUGUGUCCAGCCCCUGGGGAUUUUCCGAGUCCAAGGAAGAAGCAACCAGAGUUCAAGUUGGAUCUUGGCAAUCAUGUAGACAGUUCAGCCCACUUGAGAAACAGUAGCUCCUCUUGGCCACCAAAGACGGACUUGGCAGAGCUAUUCAGCAGACUAGGGCUUGGGAAAUAUACAGACUUGUUUCAACAACAAGAGAUUGACUUUGCUACAUUCCUGACCCUGACUGACCAGGACUUAAAAGAACUGGGAAUUACCACCUUUGGUGCAAGAAGAAAGAUGCUUUUGGCUAUAGCAGAUCUCAACAAAAGAAAAAGUUUCUCUGCCACUCCUGGUUCCAACAACCCAUUCCGAGAUACUGGGUCUUUUAUUCGGCGACAUGACUUGGCCACACAGAGCGGCCGCUGGUAGCUUGGUCAGCUGACCUUAGUGGAGGACGCUGGUGGAGGGGAGCUAACACACCAAAGAUUGCACCUCGACAAAAAUCAUGGAGAAAAAGUGGACCUUAAAAAAAAAAAAAGAUUAAGACAUCAAAUUUUCUAGUCAGAUGACAUUUUGUCAGAUUUCACAUUGCAAUAUCUUGGAAUUAAAGUAUGUUUUAACAGGAAGUGUGGUCCGGGCUUUUUGGCUUGGUAGGUAAGUCUCACAAAAUACAAGUGAGGGCAUCACAUAGCAAUGUAAGUUCGUAAUAUGCAUAUAUUUUAGAUUCCAGCCAUAGUCAUUAACAUAUUGAUCAUAGUAGAAUCAGAACAUAUGAUAGUAUUUCUAAUGUAAACAUGGUGUGAUCAAGUUGUGGCGACUGUUUUAUAAUGGACUAUGUCAUAAAUUGUUGCCUUUGUGUUUGAAGUGACCGAAUUCAUGUUUAAAUUGUGUUUUAAAUCUGUUGCUUAAUUGGUAGCAUGUGAAAACAAUCGAUUAGACAGUGGAACUGUUUUAAUCUUAGUUUCUUUAAUAGUUGCAGAAUGCUUUUAUUCAAGUGUUUUUGGUUAGUAGAUGUGAAGGAAAAUUUAAUGUUCAGUAAUUUGAGUUGAUUAUACUAAUGCUGUGCUCUUGAAAUGAUACAACAAUUAAAAGAAGAAUCUGCUUUCUAGAAAGGUAUAUAUUUCUUUUUUAAGAUUUCUUACUUGUUGUUCGACUAUUUUCUUUAUAUUUUCCGUCCAACAUAAAGACCAAUAGUUUAAGGGACUUUAGAUUAAUCUCUGUUUUAAUAAUCAAGGGCUCAUACUUAAAAUUCACUAAAAUGAAGCAGAUUGUAAUCACCAAAGAAUAUUUAUGAAUGUAUACACUACAUAGUAUUAACAUAAAAAGCACUUAUUUUUUAAAUGACUAUUAUAACUCACUUUGUAUAAAAUACUUUAUAGAAGUGUUGUAAUUGUAUUUGAGUUGUAUGUGUUCACCUGAAAGGUCCACUUUGUGUGUAACCAUGGAAAAGAUAAGACAAUCAUGUAGCCAAUAAUUGUGGAGAGGGGUUUGAAACCUUUGGAAUCCAAAGAUAAUGUAUCCAUGGUUUGGUCACACACUCCUCAGAUUGGCUUAAAUGUUUUUAUUGUUUUAUUGAGUGGAGCAAUGGGAACAAGGGAUCUUUUUUUCACUGUCCAUGCAGGCUAAUACAUAUGAUCAUUGAAUCUGUGAUUUUAGUCUUGGGUAGUGAAAAUGUAGAUUCUACCUCAGCUUCAAAUUGCAAAACCAUGCAAAUGUACAGUUUAGACUUACCAAUCUUAAGAGAUUUAAUUGACAUAUUUGUUAUCAUAUCUAUUUUUGCAAAGAUAAUUAUGGUCUCAUAUAAUAAGAAACUUAAAAAAUAUGAGCAAGUUUUAUUUAAUGAAUUUUAGUUACAGCUUUUAUAUUUUGUAGUUCAAGCUGCAUAGCUGCUUGUUUUUUAUACUGUAUGUAGUAGGUUUAGAUAUAGGUCUUCAUGCACAGGCAUAUGUCCAAGUAAAGAUUACUGGAUUUUUGUCUUGCUAUAUUUGCUUUUAUUCUGCAGAUAAUUAUGAGUAAUCAAACUUGCUUCAGUAGAAGUAUUUUUUCAGUUAAAUCUAGUCAAAAUAUUGUCUCAGAAGAACCAAUCUUUAAGUACAACUAUCAAAACCACUCGUUUCAAGUAGAAUGGAAUCCAGAUUUGUAAUAUUUUGGAGCAUUGUGGACUUUAUUAAUAUUGUAGAAGUUCACUGAUUGAUCUUUUCUAAUCAAAAACUGUGUGGUGCAUUUCAAACUGUCUCUGUUAUGUGCAAUUAAGGAAUUGUUGAAAAAAUUGAUUUGCAUUAUGAUUUGACAGCUCUUUUCUACACCUAACUUAUGGAAUCUAAAGAAACCAACCAUUUCAGACAAUAUUAUAUAGAGGUCCACUAUUAUGCAUUAAAAGUCUGCAAAAAUA